AUGACUGCCCGUUUUUUGUGCUUGCUUGCUAUACUUACGUAUGUCACCGCCGACUCCAUAAUUGAGGAAGGGUCUCAAAACACAGUGAGUCAUGUAAGUGCGGCAUGUCUCUUUUCAGAAGCGCUGCAUGGAAUACCCUUCGGUGUGAAGGCCCUCAAAGCGUCGGCGGCAGCGAAUGUCUCGGAUGCCUCUAAAGCGAGAGAAGGUUGCCAAGAUGCCGUGAGACGAGCGGAGGAUGCCUUUUCGAGUACUCCCAAGGUGGAGGAGGCCGUCGGACGCGCUCGCGCUGCCCUAAAGGAAGCAGAGAGCGCGGAGAAUGCCGCCAAGACGGCCCUGUCGGAUGUGGAGCAAUACGCGGCCCGUGCCCCACUGCUCGCAGCCGGAAAGACCGCUCCGAUUGAUGAUUAUCUGAAAAGUGUUGCAGAGGACAAUAGUGCCGCCAGUACUGCAAGACGAAUUGCGAGAGGCUGCAGUCUCCCAAAUAGAGGAGUUAACUCCUGGGUGCUGACACAGGCUGUGGAAUCCGCAUGUGCUAUUUUCAUGGGUGAAAUAUGUAGGAUCGCGAGGACGCGUAUGGUUGAUCUCAGGGCGGAAUAUGAUCAAUUAGAGGCUGCUGUGCGGCGUGCCAGCGAAGCAAGAGUUGCAGCAAGGGCAGCUGAAAGCAACGCACGCAAGGCAGCUGAGGAAGCCGAAAGGACGGCAGAGACGGAAGAAGCGGAUGUUCAAGAGAUUUCGAGGGAGGAAUUUGAGGGAAACGUGGAGGUUCCAGAGGACAAGGAAAAGACGGGAAGAACGGAAGUUGAGGAAGUGCCGAAGAAGGAUCCUGAAGGAAAAGUGGAAAUUUCUGACGAUGAUCAUGUGCAGGAAUUGGGUGACGAUGAGGGUGAGGAAGCAGAAGUUGGUAAUGACGGCAGCUAUGCAGAAUCUAUAGGAGGAUACACAUUACUGAUCCUUCUUGCAGCACUUUUUCACAGUGCUGCCGCACAUUUUUAA